CAACGCUGAGCUGGCUGCCUUCACCUCACACCACAUCCACCCACACUCGCUCUUCACGCUGCACCGUCUCACGACCUCUCUCGUCUGGCCAGCAACUCCUCGAAGCGUUGCGCUACGCCUCGCGUCGUGUCGCGAGCAGUGCAGCUCGAAGCACACCACGCGCACGUCAGACUCGCUCGCACGAGCCGUUGCCUCGCCAGGCUCGCCUUUGAAGCCACGCAGUGAGCAUCGCCGCUGAAGCGGCGCAAGCUGAGCGCGGCUAUCGCCUAGCCGGCCUCUCGUCUGGGCUCUAGGCUUGCAAGCUCGCCAGGCCGAGCCGAGCGCAACUGCCUGCGUGUACUCGACGCGCCGAGGGCUGCCUGCGUCCCGUGCGCAGCUGUCUGCGCAGCACCCGGUAGCAGGCCAGCUAGGUGCUUCAGAGCGCCGCACGGCACCGCUGGAACCAAGGCGUCAGUAGCAGCUCUCUCUCCGCUUCUGGGCGUUCAGCAUGGAGGAAGCGCCGGGCGGGCACACGGCGCGUUCGCGCACGCACAGCGGCGCCAGCGUGGGCAGCAUGGGCGAGGUGGAGAAGAGCAGCGUGAUCAUCAAAGUGGGCAUGGUGGGCGACUCGCAGAUCGGCAAGACGAGCCUGAUGGUGCGCUACGUCGAGGGCAGCUUCAAUGAGGACUACAUCCAGACGCUCGGUGUCAACUUCAUGGAGAAGACGAUCAGCAUCCGCAACACCGAGAUCACCUUCAGCAUCUGGGACCUUGGCGGACAGCGCGAGUUCGUCAACAUGCUGCCGCUCGUCUCGAAUGAUGCAGUGGCCAUUCUCUUCAUGUUUGACCUCUCCCGCAAGUCGACGCUCAACAGCGUCAAGGAGUGGUACCGGCAGGCUCGAGGCUUCAACAAGACGGCCAUCCCUUUCCUCGUUGGCACGAAGUACGACGCCUUCGCGACAUUCCCCAAGGAGGAGCAGGAGGAGAUCACGAAGCAGGCACGCCGCUUCGCACGAGCCAUGAAGGCGCCGCUCAUCUUCUCGUCGACGUCGGCCAGCAUUAAUGUGCAGAAGAUCUUCAAGAUCAUUCUCUCCAAGGCAUUCGACCUGAAGUGCACUAUACCCGAGAUUAAGGGCGUCGGCGAGCCGCUGCUGAUCUAUGUCGAUGUCUAAUACUCUCUCGACGCUCUCGGGUCCGCCUUCAAUCGGACCGGCGUCUCUUCUCUCUCUCUCAUCUUCUCUCGGGUCCGGCACACGUCGUCGUCAUUCUCAAUUCUCAUCAAGCACACACCUCUACAUCACAUGCGCGCGCGUACAGCGCGCCUCUUAUCCUUUCAUUCGUUCCUCCAGGUCUCCCCUUUCCAUCCUCUCGGCCUCUCUGGGUCCUCGGUCGCGGUCAUUCAAUUCCCACACACAUCACCAGACCCGAGUGCUGCGCGACGGCAGCUGCGUGUUCCGUCAGAGGCUCGCAGUGCCCUCGGCGCUCAGAGCUGCUGCUCACACCAAGCAGCUUCGCAUCGCAGGUCCGUGAGCCGUGACAGACUGAUCACGCGGCAGCCAG